GAAACGCCAAGUUGCCAGCCAAACGAACCAGCUAAAACAAGGGGGGGCAGCACCGCGGCGCGGCGCGGCGUGGGGACAGAGCCCUCGUGAUCGAUCCGUCCGUGGGAUCUCGCGCACGCCAGGAUUGGAGAGCCGCGGCCUCCCCCCGCCCCAACCAGCCAUGGGUUCCCGCGCGGAUCGCGGCUCUUAGACGCGGAGGAGGAGAGAGACAGGGGGAGGGGAAGGCCGAGGCCUAGGAGGCGUGGUGCAGCGCGCGAGCGCGUUCGUUCGGCAUGGAACAGAACGACGGCUCGUUCCUCGCCGUGCGACGCCUCUCCGGCGGCGCCAUCCACCACCAUCGCCACCACUCUUCGCCGGCUGAGGUCGUGGGCGUGUCCACGGCGUGGAUCGGGAAGGGGCUUACGUCGUGCGUGUGCGCGCAGGGGACGGAGAGCGACGGGCGCCUCUCCUUCGAUUUGAGUCCCAUUCAGGAAGAGUGCUUGCAUAGGUUGCAGAACCGGAUAGAGGUGCAGUAUGAUGGUUCAAAUCUAGAGCAUCAGAAAGCACUGGUGGCCCUUUGGCAUGCUUCUUUUCCUGGAACUGAACUUCUAGGAUUAGUAUCAGACCAGUGGAAGGAGAUGGGAUGGCAAGGGAAAGAUCCAUCUACAGAUUUCAGGGGUGGUGGUUUUAUAUCUUUGGAGAAUUUACUGUAUUUCUCUAAGAAAUAUCCAAAAUCCUUCCAUGAGCUCCUUCGUAAGCAGAAUGGUGAUAGAGCAUUGUGGGAAUACCCCUUUGCUGUAGCUGGUGUAAAUAUUACAUUCAUGCUAAUUCAGAUGCUUGAUCUUCAAGCAGCUAAGCCAACGUCAUUGGUUGGAGCAGUUUUCCUAAAUCUACUCUUAGAAAAUGAUCGAGCGUUUGACAUUCUUUACUGCAUAACCUUCAAACUGAUGGAUCAGAAAUGGCUUGAAAUGCACGCCAGUUACAUGGAUUUCAAUGUGGUUAUUAAAUCUACACGGCGCCAGCUCGAGAGGGAGCUGUUGCUAGAAGACAUCCAGAGGAUCCAGGACAUGCCAUCAUACAUGCUUCUCACCUGCUAGCAAUUGAACUUGGUCAUACCUAACAUUGCAGCAAGGUAGUGCAUCUCCAUACACUCGAAGAAGUUGCGACGUUGGAACCACGUAUACCGAGCUCAGUAUGGGGGGCGUGGGCGAUCUAGGUUCAUGGACUGUGGAUGUGCUGCUUUAAAUUGUCGUGUUUACCUACUUGACAACGACCUUAACACCGAAUGCCUUUUCGUUUGGACGAUGCGCUGCAUCUUGGAGCUAACUUUCGUUGUAAACAGGACUACAGGAGGAUCGUGGAAACUUGUCUGAAUAUGAUUUGUAGCCAUGUGUAUGCAUAAUCUUGCCGCUUUACUGAAAAAAGGCAGAUUAAGGCUAAUUAUAGCCUUAUAGUCAUUUGAGUUGGGCUGGGUACCUUGUGUGGGGCCCAUAACGAACA